AUGGACGGCGAAGGCACGGGCCAUGCGGAGCUGCUACAGCGGUUUACCCCGCGGCCCUUCAACCCCCGCUUCGCCUACACCAGCCGGCCCUUCUUCCCUAUAUGUGCUAAGAACAUGAGGAACGGUCAUGGUCGGCAGGUCCAAAAGAAAAAGAAGAAACGUGUAAGAGGACGAGGGAAAAGUCAACGCGGUAUCAAAUUGCAACACGAUCGAGGAAUGGACGUG